AUGGGGGAGCCGCCAGCUGCAGAGGGGCCAGCCGAUGAGGAGCCUCUGGCAGGCGACCUCCAUCUGAGCUGCAAGGCUUUCAAAGGUCAAGAGCCCCAGCAGCUGGAGCACUGGCUGCGAGAGGCUGGCAUCUGCGUGACCAAAAUCAAGAAGAAACGGCCCUGGCCCUUUGCCUUUGUAGCGGUGGAGGAUCCGGAACAGCUGCAGAGCCAAGAACUUUGCUUCAAAAAAGCCAAGGUUCAGGUCAAAGCUGGCUCUGGUCGUCCACAAGGGGCGAAAGCUGGCCAAAAGAGACCGGCCGAAGAUGAAUCGGGUCCGGACAAGAAAAAGAACCGCCCCGGCGAGAACGAGAUCCCUUCGCUCAAAGAGUUGAGGGAUCGCAUCAAGACGGGGAAGAAGAGCUUCACAGGAAAUGCGUUGGAGAAGAGCGCGCCGCUCAUCCAGUGGGACUACGAAACGCAGCUUAAGAUGAAGCACGGCUACGUCAAGACGGCGGUGCGGUCCUUCAUCAAGCUGGCGACCAAGCGAUGUCAAAAGCUGGGACGAGAGCUGCCAAAGUGGUGCUCUAAGGCAUGGUCUCAAGCCAACGGUGCUGAGCCGGGCUGCUGUUGUCCUUUGGAUUUGCCCAUUGGAGCACCUGAAGGCAGCCUGAAGCUGUUCACAGCACCUUUCAGCCGUGGUGGAGUCAAGUCGGGCCAUGUUGAUUUAGCGGCGAAGAUGCAGGCCAAGGAAGUGACGCAUUCGGACACCGCCGGCUCAGUGAAGUGUCUUCGCUUCACUGAGCCAACGUCCAUCCGUUUGCGGUUCUUCAACUUCAAUAUGGCCAAUAUGGCUGCUCUGGAUCCCUUCGUAGGGAUGUUAGGGCAGUUCCUGUCGAAGCCCUUUGCGGAUGCUUCGAAGGUGGAUGUGACCUUUGUGGCCUUGACCGAGGCCCGUUUCAAGAUGCGGGACUUUGUGAAGGACCAGCUGGGGACCUGGCGCCACAACGUGCCCGAAUCUGGCAUGGACACAUUACUCCACCGUGAUGCACUGAAGAAAAAUCCCACUGCGACUUGGAACCCUUUCACCUGGUGCAGGAAGAAAGUGGUGCAGCACUGCGUAGGAAAUGUGAAGACGGUGCUUGGCUUUCGCAAGGAAGCCUUCAAGAAGGAAGAAAGAGAUGAUCAACUCUUUGGGACCUUCACCUUUAAUCCAGAGAAGGCGUUCCUGGGCACCAGCAUUGUGCGGGACGAUGGGUUGAGGCUGUGCUUUUUUGGAACCCACUUUCCCAUGCAGCGGCUGCAGAGCGUCUUGGUGAGCAACAAGAUCAACGACUCAGAAAAGCUCAUGGCGGCCAAGAUCGAGUACGCCAGGGUCUUGCGGGAGGUACUGUGCAGGGCGGCCGCUUGGAAUUUCAGCCACAACACGGUGAUUUUCGUCCAAGGCGACCUGAACAGCCGCACCGUCUUUGAUCAUCACGAGAUUGGCAGCCAAGCCAAGGACGUGCUCUUGGAGGUGUUAAAGGAUACAGCCCUCAUGGCUGCGAUGACCAGCGACUUGCAACUCCCAAAGGGCCGCUGGCAUGAGGUUGUUCCCUUCAAUGGGGUGAAUGAGAUGCCCGUGACAUACAAGGUUGAUCCAAAGAUGUGCAUUCAGAGGCAGGUCACCGUUGGUGACAUUCUGAACCGCGUGCACGACCCUGCGCAACCGCCGCCGGGAGCCAAGCGAACGCUCACCAGUGUGCACAGGAACGAGUUUGGCAUGGAGUGGGGCUUGAAGAAGGACCCGGCGAAGGUGAAGGCGUCUCACUUCCCGGCCUUCACGGAACGUGUCAUCUAUUGGGCACCAGAUGCGCUGUCAAGUCAGAUGUCAUGGGCGCUGCCGCAUGGCGGUUAUGAGACUUUGGGCCACAUCGACGGCAGUGAUCAUCGCCCGGUGACGUUGGAAGCAUUGAUGGUGUUGGGCCCGCAGCAUAGUUUGCCACCAAUGCCUUCCAGGGAGGAGCCUGAGGUGAAGGAGUUGGCGAAUCGCCUCGUGAGCAAGCGCUGGCUGGACAAGCUCCUCUGCUAUUCUGAGACCAGCAUCGAUGGAUCUGAUGUGGAGUUGAAGACGAGUAGUAGCGACGAAAGUUUCCGGGGUGUUGUCUGA